AGGAGAAUUCAACCUGAUCUGAGUAUCGUAUUCCUUUGUCUUUUAUCGUACAUUUGACUUCAAGGCGGCCAUCGGGAGGGUUGGCAGCCCUGCGUCAACACUAGGCAGCCUUACCUUCGUCGUGUCUCCUCCUCAUUUUCAUCCUCCAGGUUUGCCCCUAAAACAACCAUGGCUGGGGUGAGUGACGACGAAAGCUCAGCACUGUCCAAGGAGGAGGCGGAGGAGAGCGACGCGGAGAUGCAGAAGGAGGAGGAGGAGGAGGAGAAGGCAGAGGCAGAGAGUGAGACAGAGGUGAAGAAGGAGGAAGACGAGGAAGAGGAGGAGGAGGAGGAGGAGGAAGCAAAGCCCACCGUCACGCCCAAGCGAUCGAGAGGCCGGCCGAGGAAGUCCACCAACACGCCGAGGCAGGGGCCGAGUGCGGUGUUGAGCAGCAAGAGGAAGAGGAAGAGGAAUUCACGCUACCUGGACGACUCCGGCAGCGACGAGAACUACCAGCAGGAGGGACGGAAGAAGCCAGGGAGGAAGAAAGGGCAGUCUCUGGAUAGUGGAGCGUGGGUUGCCCGAAAGCCUCUGGGCCGCCCUAGACUGCUGAGCAACCGCCGUGGCCAGAAGAGCACGGCGGAGCUGAUCUGCGAGCUGGGGCAGGUGUUCUAUAAUAUGGGGUGGGUGAGCGGCACUGGCGGGGGCAUCAGCAUUAAGAACGGGGAGAACAUCUACGUCGCUCCAUCGGGGGUGCAGAAGGAGCGCUUGCAUCCUGACGACCUCUUUGUCAUCAACCUGGAUGGGGACGAGCUGGAGGGGCCUCUCAGCGACCUCAACCUGUCCAAGUCCCAGUGCACUCCCCUCUUCCUCCUGGCCUACAAGAUCCGUGAUGCCGGAGCUGUCAUACACACACACUCGAAGAACGCGGUGAUGGCGACACUGGCCUUCCCCGGCACCGAGUUCAGGGUCACACACCUCGAGAUGAUCAAGGGGAUCAGAAAUGCAUCCAAGAACCAGCAGAUGAGGUACGACGAGGAGCUGGUGGUCCCAAUCAUCGAGAACACACCCUUUGAACAUGACCUGAGCGACAGCAUGGCACAGGCCAUCGAGCUGUACCCAGACACCAACGCAGUGCUUGUGAGGAGACACGGCCUGUACGUUUGGGGCGACACCUGGGAGCAAGCCAAGACUAUGACGGAGUGUUACGACUAUCUAUUCGACAUCGCCGUGCAGAUGACCAAGAUGGGCUUAGACCCGUCGAAGGCCCCAGGCACACAGGAGCAGGUGAAUGGAAAGUGAGGGAGGGGUGGCCGGGGAGCAGGGAACCACCACCACCACCACACUCACGGCCGUCCGCUCUGAUAGGCGACACACAAGGUUACUGGUGGUGGCUGUGCGUUCUGCUCCCACCACAAGGGCAGGAUUGUGGAUGGUGAUAAAUACCUAAGUACAAUGACUAGCUGUUACGUUUAUUCUGUCACUGGUUGCUUCCUCUUCCUGUAGCUGUAGAUUGUUGACAUGUCCCUCCCUGUUGUUGUUGAGUUCCCUGGUGUUGGUGCCUUGGUAUUUGGUUAUUUCUCUCUCUCUCUCUCUCUCUCUCUCUCUCUCUCUCUCUCUCUCUCUGGCAUUCUUAUCUUUUCUCUAUCUCUCUUUUUAUCUUUUUAUCUCUCCUCUCUCUCUCUCUCAUUCUUCAUAUCUUUUCUCUCUAUCUCUCUCCUCUUUGUCUUUCCAUCUCUCUCCAUCUCUCCUUUAUCUUUCUUCAUCUCUCUCUCUUUUUCCCUCCCUCUCUCUCUUUUCUCUUUCCUUAUCUAUUCAUCUCUCUUGUCUCUCUUUUCCUUCUCCUUCUUCAUCCCUCCUCUCUAUUUAGCCUCUAUCAUUCUCUAUCUCCUCCUCUCCAUUCUUAAUAUCCUUACAUACGUUCGUCUCUUUUCUCUCUAUCUCUCUCCUCUUUGUUUAUCUUCUCAUUUCUCUCUUCUCUCCAAUUCUUCAUCUCCUCUCGCUAUCUCCUUUUUUCCCUCCAUACUUUCCUUACAUACGUCCGUCUCUAAGGUAGCACUCUGAGGCCGCACGGUUCAUUGUCUGCUGGAUAAUUUUGUGACUAUAUUCAAAUGUGGGUUAUUUUCUCCACAUUUUAGAAGUAUGAUCUAUUUAACUUCCUUUUAUUUUAACGAGUGUCUCUUAGAACGACAUUUUUGCAGGUGAUAUAUUAGUGCUUUGAGAAUGGGAUGUUAUAUGGUAAAGAUUCCGACACUGGUUGGUAUUGUAAGACACUUCGCCCCACACAUCAUCUACUUCUAAAGGUCAAAGAGGGGGUCAACUGGGUUCUAUUAAGUGUUUCUUCAGGUUCAUGGUACAGAGAAAGGGUCAAACUACCACCAGGAUCUUAAAUCUACCCCUGGAAAUGCCCACAACUCUACGAAAGCCUUGUCAAAUGUGCGUUUCUUAGGUUCAUGGUACAGAGGAAGGGUCAAACUACCCCUGGAAAUGCCCACAAACUCUACGAAAGCCUUGUCAAAUGUGUGUUUCUUAGGUUCAUGGUACAGAGGAAAGGGUCAAACUACCACCAGGGUCAUAAAACUACCCCAGGAAAUGCCCAGAAUUCCCACGAAAGUCUUGUCAAAUGUGUGUUUCUUAGGUUCAUGGUACAGAGGAAAGGGUCAAACUACCACCAGGGUCAUAAAACUACCCCAGGAAAUGCCCAGAAUUCCCACGAAAGUCUUGUCAAAUGUGUGUUUCUUAGGUUCAUGGUACAGAGGAAAGGGUCAAACUACCACCAGGGUCAUAAAACUACCCCAGGAAAUGCCCAGAAUUCCCACGAAAGUCUUGUCAAAUGUGUGUUUCUUAGGUUCAUGGUACAGAGGAAAGGGUCAAACUACCACCAGGGUCAUAAAACUACCCCAGGAAAUGCCCAGAAUUCCCACGAAAGUCUUGUCAAAUGUGUGUUUCUUAGGUUCAUGGUACAGAGGAAAGGGUCAAACUACCACCAGGGUCAUAAAACUACCCCAGGAAAUGCCCAGAAUUCCCACGAAAGUCUUGUCAAAUGUGUGUUUCUUAG